AUGGCGGCAAAGGGUAAAACGACGAAGCGAGAGGCGUUCGAGCUGCUUGCGGAUCGUGCCCUGCUGAGCGGGGAUGAGGAGGUGGCCAUGGCCUUCCUCCUUUCUCACAAGCAUCUCCUGCGAAAUCACCCGACACGCGUCCUCACCGAACGAGUGAUCUCCUUGACUCUCGGUACUGUGCAAGAGGGCACUGGCGGAGAGAACGGCUCGGCGGCGCUGGCCAGUUUCAUGCGCCUCUGGGCUCGGCACUUCUUCGGCGACCUGCGCCGCCGCGAUCGCGUGGCCGUGUUGGGCGCCAUGCCGGGCCUCGGCGACGCCAGGAACAACGAGUUCAAGCUGCUCUUCGUCCAGGCCAACCACCGCCUCGCGCGGAUCAAGGCCACCCCGCCCGUGCCGGCGCCCAAGGGCCUCACGCUCAACCGAGUCGAAGAGUUUGCCCACCUCGCCGACAUGGUACAUCACACCUACCACGCUGCCGGGCCGCCCUCUGCGCGACGUGACGUCACAUCAACUAACACGACCACCUCGUGGUAG